UAAGGGAGUAUUACGAGCAGGCAUCUGGGAAGACAGCUGUUUGUUUGUGUGAGGUCCUUCCUCGGCUGGCCCUGCUGUAAUCAGACGGUGUCCCAGAGCUCAGGCUGCAGACAUGCCGCUAUAUGAAGGGCUGGGGAGCGGCGGGGAGAAAACUGCUGUGGUCAUUGAUCUGGGGGAGGCGUUUACUAAGUGUGGGUUUGCUGGAGAAACAGGACCACGAUGUAUUAUUCGAAGCGAAAUAAAAAAACCUGGCAUUCCAAAGCCAAUAAAAGUUGUCCAGUAUCAUAUAAACACAGAGGAACUCUCUUCAUAUCUGAAAGAAUUUAUCCACAUGUUGUAUUUCAGACACCUGUUGGUGAAUCCCCGAGACCGGCGCGUGGUGUUAAUAGAAUCGGUGCUGUCCCCCUCUCACUACAGGGAAACUCUAACAAGUGUUCUUUUCAAGCACUUUGAGGUUCCAUCAGUGCUGUUUGCUCCAGGUCAUCUUAUGUCACUCCUGACCCUGGGGAUUAAUUCGGCUAUGGUCCUUGAUGUUGGUUAUGCAGAAAGUUUGGUGCUGCCUAUAUAUGAAGGAAUACCCAUUCUCAGUUGCUGGGGAGCUCUCCCAUUGGGCGGGAAAGCCAUUCAUAAAGAACUUGAAACUCAGCUGUUGGAGCUAUGUACAGCUGAUACUGCCACCUCCAAGAAGCAGAGUCUAACGUCUUUAAUGAGCAGCGUAUCAGAAGAUGUUGUAGAAGACGUUAAAGUACGCCUCUGUUUUGUGAGCGAUCUCCAGCGCGGACUAAAUAUUCAGGCUGCCAAGUUUAACAUAGAUGGAAAUGCAGAGCGUCCUAUUCCACCUCCAGAUGUGGACUACCCUUUGGAUGGACAAAAUAUAUUGCACGUUAAUGGAUCUAUUAGAGAUUCAGUUGUUGAGUUACUCUUCGAACAGGACAAUGAAGAACAGUCUGUCGCUACUCUGAUUCUGGAUUCCCUUGUGCAGUGCCCAAUAGACACCAGAAAGCAGCUGGCUGAAAACAUUGUUGUUGUUGGGGGUACUGUAAUGUUACCAGGAUUCCUUCACCGUCUCGUGGCCGAGAUACGCUAUCUGGCAGAGAAGCCAAAAUAUAAAGAAUCUCUUGCAACUAAAACCUUCAAGAUCCACAACCCGCCUGCAAUGCCGAACUGUGUGGCCUGGCUGGGAGGAGCAAUUUUUGGAGCCCUUCAAGACAUCCUUGGAAGCCGCUCUGUCUCAAAAGAAUAUUAUUAUCAAACUGGCCGUAUCCCAGACUGGUGCUGCCUCAGUAAUCCUCCUCUAGAAAUUAUGUUCGAUGUUGGCAAAUCGGGCCCCCCCCUGAUGAAAAGAGCAUUUUCUACGGAGAAGUGAAACAUCUAAAUCUUCAUGCUUUGUAAAGUGGAACCAUUGUAUUUAUUACAUAUUUCUGGCAAAGAAAAAGAAAUAUACAAAUGUUAUUUGGUUUGAUUAUGAAACUUCGGCAGAGUUCAGCAUGUACAGCAUUACGGGGUAGUUGUCUGUCACACCAAGGCUAGGUAGGGUGGUACAUGCUGAGAUCUACCAUACCCUGGCGUUCCUACACUUCCACAUAUGCACUUAGUAAUUUGUCUCUCCUGUUUCUGCUUUUUUCCUCUGUUUAAUAAAGUUAUUCGGACACAUUGUACCAGAAGCACCAGGUCCAUGAACAGCACUGCAAGACUUACCCCUUUGUCAUUUGAUUUAAAGCCGCUCUGUAGCGGAGGCUCUCGUUGUCGCCUCUGUAUUCAUAUGGAAGACCGCUGCACAGUUUAUGUGGCUCUCUGAUGCCAGAAGGUGAACAUUUCUACUACCAGUCAUAGCACCAAAAGUAAAAUUACAGAUUAUAAAACUUGGAUUAAUACACCAAUAUAAGGAUUUAGGUCCUCUAUUGUGCUUGUAAAAAAAAUCAUCCUUUGGCUCCGGGUGGGGGAGUCUGUAUUUGGUUUAUUGAUGUAUUAUUGCAGGUUUUAUAUUUUUAGUAUAGUUUUUAUUGUGACUGGCACUAAAAACACCUUUUGUUUAUAACAAUUUACAUUACACUGCAUAUAUUAUGUAUAAGUGCUUGGAAUGGUUUACUACUCAUUGCCCCACUGACUUCAGUGAUUCCAUGUGAUGUGUUUGUAUGGAAUGGUUUCUACUCACUGUCCCACUGACUUCAGUGAUUCCAUGUGAUGUGUUUGUAUGGAAUGGUUUCUACUCACUGUCCCACUGACUUUAGUGAUUCCAUGUGAUGUUAGACAUUUUGGGGCCUAUCUAUCAAGCUCCGUAUGGAGUUUGACGGCCCGUGUUUCUGGCGAGUCUUCCGACUCGCCAGAAACACAAGUUAUGGAGCAGCGGUCACAAAGACACAUUGGCCGCGAGUCUGCAGGGGGCUCUCCGCAUUCAGCGAUGUCUUGCGGACCUGAUCCGCACUGUCGGAUCAGGUCCGCAAGACAUUUGAUAAAUAGGCCCCUUUGUGUAGAAGUAUCUCGGGCAAGGCUGAACAAUAUCUUUGAGAAAGUGUCCAAACUGAUGAUUAAUCCUUAGUGAGAGGUUUCUGAAUUUAGUAGUCUGAUAUGGCUAAAGGGAGUCUAGAAAUAUACUUUCCUUAAUUUUAAAGGGACAUUAAACUCUCAAUUUAAUUUCUCAUGAAA